AUGGAUAACCUUGAUUUCCCACCGAGGAUGUAUACUGUAGGGCAGGAACCUGUUCCGGGUAAAAGCAUUACCUACUACAGUGAUAACAGCAAGCUCUUCUCUGCUCUUAAAAAAGCACUCAACGAAGAUGAAUGGGAGGAGCUCAAGAACUCCACAGUAGGAGUGUUCUUGAAGUUCCACGAAUUGGAUUUUGGAUGGGCUUCAAGGUUGGUGCACUAUAUACUGAGUUAUCAGCUUGAUUGCAAGAAGAAGUACGAGUUGUGGAGUCUAGUAGGUGUUCGACCAGCGAGGUUUUGUCUGCAUGAAUUUGAAGAGAUAACAGGGCUGAACUGUAAGUAUGUGAAGAAUCUCGAGAAUCCGCUGGUUGAGGUAACAGAUGAGAUGAGAGCAUUUUGGGGGAAGAUGGGAGUGCAUUUCGACCGGGGGCCAAGUAUUGAGGAAUUAACCACAGCGUGUCAGAUGUGUGAAACAUGGUCUCGAAAUGAUCGGCUGCGUUUAGGGUAUCUAGCCAUCUACGCUGGCUUCAUCCAAGCACCAAGAAGCUCGUCACCUACAUGUGCUAGCCUGGCUAGGUUGGUGAUGGAUCUAGAAGCUUUUAAAGCUUAUCCGUGGGGAAGGGUAGCGUUUAAAUUCUUGAUGGAUUCGGUGAAGGGUUUAGACUUGGCCAAGCCUUCCUAUGCUAUGGAAGGCUUUGUUCAGGUGCUUCAAGUCUGGGUCUAUUGGUGUCUCCCUGAAUUCGCAGCAGGGUUUGGUGACCCUAUAGAAGGUACUCCGACCCCACCUUUACUUGCCUACUCUGGUAAUAGAGGCAAGAGAUAUCUGAAGGAAAAUAUUGUUAAACAGACUAGGGUUAACAACUUUGCUUUGAAGGACCUCUCUGAAAUGUUUCCUCUCUGGGAUGGUGAUCGGGAAGACAAAAGGCUGAUAACAUAG